GAUUGAUGACGAGUUUGCGCCAAUUCAGCUACUCGGAGUGGGAUGAAGGAGUCGCGCUCUGCUAUUACAAAUCAUCCUUACGGCGCUACCGCUACCGCUCCUCCGCCACCGCUCCUCCGCUACCGUAGCUGCGGCUCGAAGGCAGAAGACGCAACACGCACACACACACACACACACACACACACACACACACAUAGAGAGAGGCAUGUUGAGGACUGAGGUUGAGGACGGGUAGUUCUCGCAGUCACCACGUCGAGCUCAGGGAGUCCGCUACUGUCACACGCUUCCACUAGUAUGCUGCUGCUACGAGCAAGCGUUGACCGGCGUAGAGGAAGAGGAGG